AUCCCUGUUCCCCCUGCAGGUCACCCGUAAUGUGAUGGGUGCCAGUCUGGCUCUGCCUCCAGGAGACAUUUAUAACCUGACUGUAUCAGCCUGUACCGAAGGCAAACGCAACUCCUCUGUCCCCAACAUCAUUAAACUGGAGCCAGCCCCUCCGCGGUCCCUGUACGCGGUGAACGCCACCCACUCCUCAGUGACCCUGCUCUGGAGCGGGGAGGGAGUGGUUGACUUCUACCAGGUGCUCUGUAAACCCACCAACACCAUCAACAAGGACCUCAAGGCUCGGGAGCCUCUAACAGCCCAGUCCCAUGUGGUGACAGUGUCCAGCCUGCUUCCCUCCUCCUCCUAUAACUGCAGUGUGAUCAGUUAUAGCUACAGUACGCCCAGCGAGCCAGCGUUCAUACACAUCUCUACUACAGCCAGAGAGAUGAACCCCAGCGUAGCUGCCAUCUCUGCUCUAGCAGUCCUCAGUGUCCUCCUUCUCAGCCUGCUGGUCCUCUUCCUACUGAUGCUGCGUAAGAAACACCUGCAGAUGGCCAGGGAGUGCGGAGCAGAAACAUUUGUCAACUUCGCUUCGUUUGAGAGAGACAGCAAACUGCCCUACAACUGGCGAAGGAGCCUCUUUGCCUUCCUCACCCUCCUGCCAUCCUGCCUUUGGACUGACUAUCUGUUGGCUUUUUAUAUUAAUCCUUGGAGCAAGACUGCUUUAAAGAAACGGAAGCUAACAAGCCCUGUCCAGAUGGAUGACUUUGAUGCGUACCUCAAAGACAUGAGCAAAGACUCCGCCUACAAGUUCUCUCUGCAGUUUGAGGAGCUGAAGAGCGUAGGUCUGGAUCUUUCCCAUGAUGCAGCAGACCUGCCUAUCAACAGACCCAAGAACCGCUACACCAACAUCCUGCCGUAUGACUUCAGCAGAGUGAAGGUGAUCUAUUUACAUAACGACGAGGGAUCAGACUACAUCAACGCCAACUACAUACCAGGUUAUAAAUCACCCAGAGAGUACAUCGCUACCCAGGGUCCUCUGCCUGAGACGAGGAACGACUUCUGGAACAUGAUCCUGCAGCAGAAGAGCCACAUCAUUGUGAUGCUGACGCAGUGCAACGAGAGACGCAGGGUGAAGUGUGACCACUACUGGCCAUUCACAGAUGAGCCGGUGACCUACGGAGAGAUCAGUGUGGAGAUGCUGUUGGAGUCAGAGUCUCCAGAGUGGACCAUAAGGAACUUCAGACUGGGAUAUGCUGACGAGUCUCAGGACGUCCUCCACCUCAACUACACGUCCUGGCCGGACCACGGUGUCCCCACGGUCAACGCCAUCGAUAGCAUCCUGCAGUUCGUACACAUCGUCCGCCAGCAGGCCAACCGCACCAAAGAACCCAUUGUGGUUCACUGCAGUGCUGGUGUGGGCCGGACAGGGACCUUCAUCGCUCUGGACCGACUGAUGCAGCACAUCAGAGAACAUGAGUAUACUGACAUCCUGGGUAUGGUGUCUGAGAUGAGGUCUCAUCGACUCUCCAUGGUCCAGACAGAGGAGCAGUAUGUGUUCAUCCACCAGUGUGUCCUGCUGAUGUGGAAGAAGAAGACACAGUCCAUCACCAGUGAUGUCAUCUACGAGAACAUCAGCAAGUCCUAGUGACGCCUCCUGCACAACGCCGUGACAUCACUCAGACUCCCGUGCUUCAGGCAUCCGUUCUCUACCGAGACACGUUUCAUCAUUGAUACAACAAAAUAAAUGAACACAGAAUGUUUGACUAAUCUGACAACAACACAAGAAGAACAACAUGAAGAUGG